AUGAAAAGAAUUCUUUAACAUUUUAGGUAUUCAUAGCAGAAAACUCAAAAUUUGAUCUUGGUUGAUUUUAAUGAUAAACUAAUAUGUAGUUAUUCAAAUUUAAUAAUAUUUAGAAUCAAUAGAUAAAUGGGAAGCUCAUUCAACUAAAUACAUCUUUAAUGAAAAAUCAUUUCCUCAUCGAGCAUUUAGCUUAUUUUUGUUUGAUAAAAAUUAUAGAUUAUUACUUCAAUAACGUAGCAAUGCUAAAAAGACAUUCCCUUUAUUAUGGGCUAACACUUGUUGUAGUCACUAAUUAUAUCAUGAAAAUGAAGAUGAUUAAGUUAUGAAAUACAGUAGGAGUGAGUAUUAUGUGAAAAAAAGAACUUUGGAAGAAUUAAAUUUUGAUAUUAAGGAUACCCAAAUUGAAUUAGUCUAAAAAAUAAUUUACUCAGCUAAGGAUAAUGAUUAAUAUGGAGAAUAUGAAUGUAUCAUUAAUAAUUUAUAAUAUUUAGUGGAUUACAUUUAUUUUGCAAAGUUGCAAUAAGAUCAACCUAAAAUUAAUGGAAAUCCUGAAGAAGUUAAUGAUUGCAAAUGGUUAUCCUUGAAUGAAUUUCUACAAUUUAAAUAAUUAAAUAAAGUAAGAAUUGAUUAAUUAAGAAUUCAUUUACCCCUUGGUUCAAUUUGAUUAACGAUUCUUACCUUUUGAAUUGGUGGUCAAAAUAUUAAGAAAAUAACAAAAGUUUUUUUUCUAAAGAAACUAUUGUGAAAUUAAAUUGA